AUGGAGAUGGCAGCGGCAAUGCCAUUGGACGGUGUGACGCACCGGACGUUGGAAGUGAACGGCAUCAAGAUCCACGUCGCCGAGGCUGGGGAUAGUUCUGGCUGCACCGUCCUCUUCCUGCACGGUUUCAUGGAGCUCUGGUGCUCAUGGCAGCACCAGCUCAUGGCCCUCCCUCGUCGUGGCUACCGCUGCCUGGCCCCCGACCUCCGCGGGCACGGUGACUCCUCUGCCCCGGCGUCCCCGUCUGCCUACACCAUCUUCCACCUGGUCGGCGACAUGGUCGGCCUCCUCGACGCCCUCGCUCUCCCGCAGGUGUUUGUGGUGGGGCAAGGCUGGGGCGCCCUGCUGGCGUGGCACCUCUGCCAGUUCCGGCCGGAACGGGUGCGCGCGCUGGUGAACAUGAACAUUGCCUUCAUGCCGCGCAACCCCGCUGUGAGGCCGCUGGAUGGGUUCCGGCGGAUUUACGGCGACGGUUACUACAUCCUCCGUAUGCAGGAGCCAGGGAUCAUGGAGGCCGAGUUCGCCGGUAUGGACACAAAAUUCAUCUUGAAGAGGGUCCUAACAACCCGCGACACCGGCGGGGCGGCGCUGUCAAAAGAAUGGUGGGGCUCGACCUCGACGGAGGAGGACAUUAAGCUGCCUCCAUGGCUUACCGAGGAGUACAUCUGCUACGUGGCUGCCAAGUUCGACCAGACCGGGUUCGCCGAAGCCAUGAACUUGUACCGUUGUCUUGAUCUGAAUUGGGAGCUGACGGCGCCGUGGACCACGGCCAAGGUGAUGGUGCCGACAAAGUUCAUUGCAGGUGAGACGGCAAUGAGUCACAAAGACCCGAUGGCACAGGACUACAUACUCAAGGGCGGGCUCAAGGGAGACGUGCCGGGCCUGGAGGAGGUAGUGGUCAUCCCUGGUGGCGGGCACUACCUCCAUCUCGAGAUGGCAGAGGAGGUCACCAAGCAUAUCUACGACUUCAUAAAAAAGUUCUGA